AUGUCAUUUGAUCAGCUAUCCUCGCUGGAAGCGCAGCAGCGACGGGGAGAUAACGGGCGCGGAUAUGUCGACGACCCCGAUUUCCAGCGUGUGUCGCAAGACAUAAACAACAAGCUAUUCAAAGUCAACGGCAACAUUUCGAGACUCAGCACAGAGAUCAGCCAUCUCGGUACAAGGCGAGAUACCGCGCGUGUCAGGGAACGGGUCCAUGACUUGCUGGAGGAGUCGCGGGAAAUAUUUAGACAGCUUGGAGAGGCCGUCAAGAAACUCCAAUCAUGGGAAGACGUUACGCCGACCCAAAAGUACACACAACAAAAGGCUUCUCGCGAAGUGCAAGCUUCUCUACAGGAGUUUCAGAGCCUGCAACGAAAGGCUUUGGAAAAACAAAGGGCAUCGGUGAGCGCCGCAAAGGCAGUGACAGACGAAGAUGGCGUUACCAGAAGCACAGGAGAGGAGGGACAAUAUCUCGAACAACAACAGCAACAGGAAGUCCUCAGGCUCGCACCACAGGACGAGGUGGAUUUCCAGGAAGCGCUGAUCAUCGAGCGCGAAGAGGAAAUACGCAACAUCGAGCAAGGUGUCAAUGAUCUCAACGUUUUAUUCUCACAAGUGGCACAGAUCGUCUCGGAACAGGGAGAGCAGCUCGACACCAUAGUCGACAAUGUCGAGAAUGUGAGAACAGACACCAGGGGUGCUGAUUAUGAGCUGCGCAGCGCCGCGAGGUAUCAGAAGAAUGCUCGUAGCAAGGCUUGCUGCUUGCUAUUGAUUCUGUCGGUUAUUCUGACAAUUGUUUUGCUUGCCAUUUUUCUUGGAUAA